UGGCUGCUGAGGCAGCGGGGCGGAAGUACAGCAUUAUCCACGCUAAAAGGUUUUCUCCUUUCGCCUGCGGGUCCAACAUCUCUGUUCAGAGUGAAAGAAACGCCUGUUUAAAACGGCGACAGUGACGGGGAUGGUGUGUGAUGUCAGCUGACAGCAGCAGACGUAGCUGACGUCCUUCAGUGUCAUGGCAGAGGUUUCGUCUCUCAGCGGAGCUCCGAAGCGCCGCGGGCCCUACAUCAGCACGAUCACCAACCGGACGGCGAACCUGCUGAUCCGCGCCGCCAUGCUCUUUACGGUGGGCGUCUUCCUAGCGCUCGUGCUAAACCUGCUACAGGUGCAGCGUAACGUCACUCUCUUCCCUCCGGACGUCAUCAGCAGCAUUUUCUCCUCCGCCUGGUGGGUUCCUCCCUGCUGUGGAACAGCUGCAGCGUUGAUAGGUUUGCUGUAUCCCUGUAUGGAUCAUCGUCUGGGGGAGCCGCAUAAGCUCAAGAGAGAGUGGUCUAACGUGAUGCGCUGUGUGGCCGUCUUUGUGGGCAUAAAUCAUGCCAGUGCUAAGGUGGACUUUGCGAAUAAUGUGCAGCUGUCGCUGACGCUGGCUGCCUUGUCCGUCGGCCUGUGGUGGACGUUCGAUCGCUCACGCAGUGGUUUUGGGCUGGGAGUCAUCAUCGCUAUACUCGCCACACUUGCCACCCAGCUGCUGGUUUACAACGGAGUCUUUCAAUAUACCUCCCCUGACUUCCUGUACAUUCGGUCCUGGCUGCCGUGUAUCUUCUUCGCCGGGGUCAUAACUGUGGGGAAUAUCGGACGACAGCUAGCUCUGUACGAGUACAAAGUCAGUCAGGAAAAGAGCCACCAGGAUUAAGGAAGAGUCCUCUGCACACAUGGGAAAAUCCUGGAUGAAGAAGUGAAGCACCAUCACUGACAGAGCAAUCCAUCAUCGAGGAGCUGCUCUCUGUGUUUGAGGACGGACAGUGUUACAAUCUAUACCUCCAGAUCGGUUUUCCGUCUCCUCCAACGCUCAGGUUCUGUAAGUGUGUGUAACUGUUCACACACACUCAUACUGUCUUCUCCAGCGCUGAAAUGCUGCUGCAAAGUGCCAAACUGACUCUGGAGGCAAAGCCUGGUGCGUAAAUGACUGACCGAACAUUUACAUGCAUUUCAUGACACAAAACUCGGCCACAUGAAAUGUUCUACACGAUCUCCCUGCUGUCGUGGCCUCUGUCCUCUGGGACGGGUGGAGGAGAGUCGUCUGGACAAAGCACCGUCAUCGGAUCUCAUUCAUCGUGCAGAAAAAUCCCUAGUCAGAAGAAAGGAGAGAGAUGUAGAGUAUUACGACAGGCCUUCAGAUCCCUCAUCACUUUACUAAAGGGCAGUUGACUUCCGCACCGUCUCAGAUCCACCACUAGUGGGCCUCAGAGGAUAACUGUGUUUGUAGAUGCGGCCAGAAACAUUUCCUAACAGACUAACCAGUGUGCUGUGUCCGUCAGUUGGACAAGGUGUGGAUUAGGCUUUGGUUACGACAUACUCUAUAUUAUAUUAUACUUUCUUGUAACGUAUUCCUCGUUAUAGCCAGGCCUGCCUUUCCCAAAAUCAUCGUGGCUCUGUUGGUUUGAAUGGGUUCAGGACGUGCUUUAGCUUGCAAUGCUUUCGGGAAACGCGGCUUUGAUCGACCCUUCCUAGACCUGAAGAACUCAUCCGUUUUGACUGAAUAAAGCAUCCCUUAGCUCCAGAAAGCUCUGAUUUAAAAUGUUUCAAAACAAAAUUCAGAUGCUUCUUAAUGACCGAUCUUUACCAAAGCCUUAAUUAACUUCAAGAUAACGGAUAGAUGGGAGCUCAGAGUAAAGAGGGUAGAGCAGGCCAACCACCAUCUGUGCACUGACUUUGGAUAAAUUAAGGGAGUUUUUGUUUUGUUUUUUUAAUCUCGGUGCAUUUUAUUGGGAGGAUAUUUUGAGUCGGAUGCAAAAUAAGUGGGAUCAGUGUGUUUUUAAGUGUUACAAUGAGACUUAAACAAUGGUAGGCUUGUAAGAGGAACUGUACAGAUCUGAAAGCGAGCAUGUUUUCUCACGCAUGGGUGAUUACUUGAUCCGCACUUGUGUUCAACCACAUUUACUGUUUUUUGAAGUUACAUGAUUGUUGUUAUUAUUACAUCUGCAUUAUUAAAAGAGACUUUCUUUUGA